AUGGAUAAAUUUGUAAUUCGCAAGGUUAAAAAUGUUGAGGAAAUUGUGGACAGUCUGCCUGAAUCAUCUGAACCGUGUACCUCUACAAAACACAAGAGCAAGACCCCUUCUGACCAAUGUAGGAAACGUCGGAAAUAUCAAGAGGAAUUCAUAAAGUAUGGAUUCACUUGCUCUACUCUCAACAAUGUGGACCAUCCUCAGUGUGUAAUCUGUUCAGAAGUGCUUGCCCAUGAAAGUAUGAAGCCUGGAAAAAUGCAGAGACAUUUGGAGACAAGACACCCUGCUUGUGUUGAAAAACCUAUAGACUUUUUUCGCAGAAAAGAGAAGGAAUUACAGAUUCAAAAACGCACACUCGCACAACAAACCCAAAUUACUGCUAAUGCUCUGAAGGCAUCUUAUGAGGUGGCAUACCUGAUAGCACAGUCCAAAAAGCCACACACGAUCGGGGAAACCUUGCUUAAGCCCGCAGCUGUGGCUAUGUGUCGGGCCAUGCAUGGUGAGAAAAUCGCAAAUGAGCUUAUGACUGUCCCAUUGUCGAAUGACACGAUAGCUCGCCGUAUUCAUGAUAUUUCAAAAGACAUUAAGAGUCAAUUGAUUAAUAGGUUAAAUGGAAAGAAAUAUGCGUUACAGGUCGACGAAUCUACCGAUGUGUCUAAUUCUUCUCAGUUGCUGGCAUUCAUCAGAUACACAUUUGAUGGAAAAAUGCACGAGGAAAUGCUCUUCUGCUCAGUGCUGGAGGGGACUUGUACCGGCAGUGACAUUUUCAACGAGCUGGACACCAGACUAAAAGAGAUGCGACUUUCAUGGGAUAACUGUGUUGGCGUAUGUACUGAUGGUGCAGGUGCAAUGGUAGGUAAAAACAAGGGACUCAAGGCAAAGGUUUUAGAAGUGGCUCCUCAUGUUAAGUUUACGCACUGCAUAAUUCACCGUGAGUCUCUUGCUAGCAAAGUACUUGAUAGUGAGCUUAACAGUGUUCUCAAAGGUGCAAUCAAAAUUGUAAAUCACAUAAAAUCACGUCCAGUGACCAGUAGACUGCUAGCCACCCUUUGCAAUGAGAUGGGCUCGCAGCACGAAGCGCUGCUGUUUCAUACCGAAGUCCGGUGGUUAUCUCGCGGGAAGGCACUCGGCCGGCUUUACGAACUGCGUCCAAACACAAACAUCUUGACAAUGAAUGAGAAAACUGAUGCAUUUGUGAAAAAGCUCGAAAGAUGGGCUGAGCGAGUUGAACAAGGUAAUGUGGAGAUGUUUCCUGAGCUGGAUGAACAUCUGGAGGAGAAUGGACUGAGUCUCGGCAACCUGAAAACACACAUCACUGGUCAUCUCCACGACCUUUUUUGA